AUGCUUACGGCAGAGAUUGGAGAGCCUCACAAGGCUUCUACUGGCACGUUGCUUAAGCUCAAUGCCCAUCCAGCAUCAACACUGAAGGCUUUGGUCGCAGACCACAUAAACAAGGAGCAUCAUGUCUGGUACGAUUUCGUUAAAUCAGAUGCUGGCGAUAGUAUUGCUCGCUUCUCGAACGCCUUGUAUCCUGGAAGCCUCGUUCAGUUGAUGAUGCAUGCCAAUUUGGUCGAGACACGAGAAGGCGAAAGAUCCGGACUCAUUGGUAUCCUGCCAGUCAUUCCUUCGACUUGCGUCCGCAUCAAGUCGUCAUCGGUCGAUAUGAUGAUCGGUGACUUUGGCCAUCUCAGCAUACCGGGCGAGGCUGAGCUCAUCUACGAAUUGGCCAAGAAGGAAUACCAAGAUGGCAGAACGUACUACACCAUUGCCGUAUGGCUUCUAUGGUUGUUGAAAAUGUGA